UAGCACCUCAGGGUUCUGCAACAAGGUGGUUAAUCUUUCCAUGAUAAUAGGCAGCUCUAUGUGGAGGAUGGGCCGCAUUGCCAGGUGAGCGCCCAGGUCCCCCAUGGAACUCCCAGCCAGGUUAGAAUGUGCUUACUUUAUUAGAACAAAACAAUCAUAGUUAACAGAGACUGAUUAAUAUAUAAUUAUAGCUGGUCCCCAAUAUUCUAUUUCUGCCCCUAAUAGUUUCUUUUCGAUUCCAAUUGUGGAUGGCCAGCAACUCCAGGACUACAGACCUGUUUGGUGUUGGGCGGGCGUCUGGGAGCCUGGGCCCCAGCCUGGUUUCCCCUGGAGGGUUGGCGGGUUAGGACUCAAGCAGAUACCAGACCUAUAGAGUGGGCUUUUGCGGACCUCAAAACCCAACCUGAGCCUGGAGAAGCCUUUAGGACCCAGGGGAGCCAUCUCUUCUCCGAGCCAGGCGGUAAUUCCCUGUCCUCCAAGUCCCCAGUGGCGCUCCCCUCCCCCAGCCUGUGUCGCCCUCACAUUCCCAGACACCAGCCAAGGGCCUGGGGCAAAGUUGGCGGCCACCUUCGCGCGGGGAAGUUCCCGCCUCCCCAUCCUGCUCCUCCUCGCUGCCAUCCUCCCCUGGAGUUCCUGGCUGCUGUCUCCCGCUAGCGUGUCGCCGGGCUUAGCAACUCUAGCGACAUGCCACAGGGCGCCCCUUGCCCAACCCGCCCACCGGGCGCGCCCCGCGCGAGUCUUCCCGCACCCUUCCCUCCUGCGGGGGGCCAGAGGGCCGGACUCCGCCCCAGGGUGCUGCCCGGGAGCUCCCCGCCGGCCGGGCCGCCGCCGCUCUAGUACUCGCGGGGCAGCUGGGGGCGCGGGCGGCGAGCGCCGGGCUGGGAGCGGCGGGGUGGGGGGAGAGGGAGGAGAGACGCAGAGGGAAGCGGGGUGGGGUGGGGGAGGAGGAGAGAGCAGGGGAGCCGAGGAUCAAAGGCGGACGCAGCACCGCCCGGCUCCCGCCCGCUCGCUCUUUGGGGAGACAUACCGGGGGCCGCCUGGGCGCCUGAGCCGGGUCACCUUGCCCCGGAGGAGAAAUGGGUUCCAUGAGGCAAGUGUGACCCUGAAGCCCAGCCCUGCAGCCACAGCCCGACACCCCGCUGGGCAGGCGGAGCACCAUGGACGGCAUCGUUGAACAGAAGAACAUGCUGAUGCACAGUAAGAUCACCGAUGCUGGCAAGAGGAAUGGCUUAAUUAACACCAGGAACUUCAUGGCUGAGAGCAGAGAUGGCCUGGUGUCCGUUUACCCAGCACCCCAGUACCAGAACUGCCGGCUGCUGGGCAGUGCAGCAGCAGCCACCCUGGACAGCGGCAGGAGUGAGCCGGUCCAGCAGUUGCUGGACCCCAACACCCUGCAGCAGUCGGUGGAGUCCCACUACCACCCUAACAUCAUCCUCUACUCCGAGGGCAUGCUGCGCUCCUGGGGGGAUGGCGUGGCUGCCGACUGCUGCGAGACCACCUUCAUUGAGGACCGGUCACCCACCAGAGAGAGUCUGGAGUACCCCGAUGGGAAGUUCAUUGACCUCUCAGCUGAUGACAUCAAAAUCCACACCCUCUCCUAUGAUGUGGAGGAGGAAGAGGAAUUUCAGGAUCUGGAGAGCAACUACUCCAGUGAUACAGAGAGCGAGGACAACUUUCUCAUGAUGCCCCCCCGGGACCACCUGGGCCUCAGCGUCUUCUCCAUGCUCUGCUGCUUCUGGCCUUUGGGCAUUGCCGCCUUCUACCUGUCCCACGAGACCAAUAAAGCCGUGGCCAAGGGGGACUUCCACCAGGCCAGCACCAGCUCUCGGCGGGCCCUAUUCCUGGCUGUGCUCUCCAUCACCAUCGGAACUGGCAUCUACGUGGGCGUGGCCGUGGCCCUCAUUGCCUACCUCUCCAAGAACAAUCACCUAUGAGCUUCCUCCGCGCACGAAGGAGAAGAACUCGGGGCCAGUGUUGUGCGCACGCAGAGCGAGCAGGGCUAGCAGGGGAGAAACACCUGUGUGACGCUGUGUAGUAUAAAUUAUUGCCAAACAACUCCAUAACACCCUGAAAUUUUCUACUCAUCGAUUUGUUUUGUUUUUACCCUUUAUUUUCACAACACGUUGUAGAACAGGAGACAGAUGGCACUGCUAACCCUUCCAAGGGGAAGCUCCAAAGAUCCUUACCCUGAGGCUGUGCCUGGAUGGGUUCUGGUGGACUAGCGGCAGUGCAGCUCUCUCGGCAGCCUGCCAGGCCUGGAAAGCCAUAGCACUAGCAAUAUACAAAUAGUAAAACUGUGUUUAUUUUUUAUGGGAUAUGGUGCAAUAGGCAGAAGGCUGGGGACGUGUCACUCUUCUGUCUGUUGCCUUGCUUGACUCCUCUGUCAUUUCCCCAGUCCAUGUACCUUCCCCAUGGAAAGGAAACAGGGCUCAUCAGAAAGACAGACAAAGCUGCUGGCAGGAACCCUGCUCUCCCUGGUCUUCAAUGGGUGCAGCCUAAGAAUGCCAAGUCAGAACACUGUGGGACCUGUCCCCAGGCCCAGUCUUUCCUCCCCGCCCUGCCCCGCGCCCCCCCCCCCACCCCCCCAGCCUAGGCUCAUCCAGCAUCCCUUGUCAUGUCCAAACUUAGCAGCCACCACACAGCAAUCUGCAACCUUGGGCCUCAUUGAUCUAGGGUCGGGGGAGCAGGCCACAGUCUGUCCCGGACUCCUCCCAGAAGGACGCCGAGGUUUGCUCCAGGACCUGCGGACACCAUCUCAGCAUAAAGACAAGCGUUGGCGCUCGCCUUGGUGAUAAGCAGUGGCACUAGUGAUUUUAGGAGGAGAUGAACCUUCUCUGUUGACUAAAUGAAUAGCUAUUUUCUUGUCAUUUUUUAAGUGCAACUACUGCUUCAUGCUGCUUAGUUAUCAGACAAAUGCUGAGAAAUAAUCACAGACAUUUUAAUACCAUUUCACUGCUGUUUCACGAGUGUUCAUUAUUUAACAAAAAUGAUCUUUCAGCUA